AUGCCCGAGAGGGAUUGUGUGUCGUGGAACACGAUGAUCCAAGCGUAUGCCAACGACGGGUGUGUGGAAGAGGCCAACCGCUUGUUCCGGAGGAUGCCGGAACCCAAUCUCUUGACGUGGACAUCCUUGCUUGUAGCAUUUGCCCAGAAUGGGAAUGUGGCCGGGGCCGAGACCAUCUUCUUCGCCCGGAUGCCCGAGUGGGACGCGGUGUCGUGCAAUGCGAUGGUUGCGCUCUAUGCCGACGCUGGAUGCCUCGCGCGCGCGGCUGCCAUGUUUGACAGUCUCAAGGAGCGGAGCAUGGCAUCGUGGAAUAGCAUCGUCCAGGCGCACGCGCAGAACGGGGAGUACGAGGGUGCCAAGGAAAUGUUUGAUCGAAUGCCUUGCCACGACAUGGUGUCGUGGAACACACUCCUGGCAGCGGCCAUCCACAGUGGUAGCAUCGAUCUCGUCGAGCGAUUGUUUGAUGCGCUUCCAGAGCCCGAUGUUGUGUCUUGCAACAUAGUGAUUGUUGCUUUUGCCGAACAAGGACUGAUUGAAAAGGCUGAGCGUCUCUUCCGAAGAAUGAGCGAGUGGAACAUCGUGACUGUAAACGCUAUGGUUGCCGCGUAUGCCCAGUGUGGGCGCAUGGAGCAAGCGAAAGAGCUGUGGAGCAAAAUGCCUGAACAGAAUGUUGUCUCCUGGAACGCUCUGGUGGCUGGGUAUGGACAAAAGAGAAACGUUGAGGCUGCUAGAGUUCUGUUUGAUUUACUUCCUGUCAAGAACGUUGUCUCGUGGAACGCCAUGGUUACGGUUUAUGUCCAAAACGGAUACGCUGAGUACGCCAAGGAUCUCUUCUACAAGUCUCCCGAGCGCGAUGCUACAACGUGGAACGUAACUCUCGCCGCAGAUGCCCAAGCAGGAAAUGUUCCUGCGGCGAAACUCGUGUUUUUAACGCUGCCAGGGAGAGACACUGUAUCCUACAACACAAUGCUUGCAGCAUAUGCUCAGUUUGGGCACUACAGCGAUGCGUUUGAGCUGCUUCACAGCAUGGGGUUGGAGUCCGUGUUGCCAAACGACGUAUCGUUUCUGAUAAUUCUCAAUGCCUGCGCUCACAAGGGAUUGCUGAGAGAGGCACGCUCCUACUUGGCUGCCAUGGCGGACCAUCGAUUGAAGCCUUGCAUCGAGCACUACUGCAUCUUCAUCGACGUGUUUGGGAAAGUGGGGCAACUCGAGAAUGCGUCCGAGCUUGCGGGGUGCAUGCCUUUUCAAGGGGAUGGAGUGUCGUGGGGAAGCUUGGCUGGAGCUUGUGGACUCCAUCGUAACGUCAGGCACGGCGCCGGUGCUGCUAAGCUUGCCUGUGAGAUGGCGCCCAAGAGUGCUGCGAGCUAUGUGUCACUGGCAAACCUCUAUGCAGCUUAA